AGUGCUAGUGUUCUUGCCCAAGGACCAUCAGUUGCAGCGCCCUCCCGCGCCCGCCUGCCCUUGCCGCAGCCAUGGUGACGACGCGCCAGACUCCCAAAAGCAAAGCUGCACAGCCUGCGGCUGCAGCAGCUCCAGCCGCACAGCCUGCUCCACAGCCUGCGGCAGCAAGUGGCGGUGCUGCACAGCCUGCCUCACUGCCCCUGCGCGAGCUCAACAAAAGGAGCGCACAGUUCGGGGCGUGGGCCGUUGUUGUCCAACAAGCCCUCGUUGAUACCUACGACUACACGUGGGAUGGCAAACCGAGAACUGGGAAGACUCUCUCUGUUACCUUCGUGUCGCAACAGGAUCCCACUGAGUACUGCAUCGGCCAGAUGCGGUGGAACAAAAGCUCCGACAACAAGUUCCGCGCGGUUCAGGAAAAGCUAUCCGACGGCCUCGCCUUCAUGAUGACGAAAGUGUCCAUCGUCAACGACGCGAAGAAACAGUACAUUCACGCCCCCAUCCAGACGGUCGUGAACUUGGCCGACACAGUCUUCAGUCCUUUGCUGAACAGCAAGGACACCAAAGAUUGCUAUCCUCAGCCUCCCGCGACAAUCGCAGAUUGUGCAAACCUCACCAACCAACAGUUCUUCGACGUGACGGCGCUGGUCAAAUCGGUGGGCCCACUCCGGCCCGCGGGCAAAUCGGGGAACCGCGUCGUCUUCGACGUAGAGAUCAUCGACGGAUCUAAGUCCGGAGACCGCGUUCGCACGAUGCCGCUGGCCGUCUUCACCGACCGGGCGACUACCCCGAACGCUGGUGAGCCCCCCAUUUGGGUCUUCUUGAAUGGCGCGGCGGGAAAACACGUGGAAGGCAGUGCUGAACAGCCUGCUCCACAACCUGUGAGCUUCUUUCGUGUGAAAGGUGGUCAAGAUGAUGAUGGGAACUUCUCCUUCACCACGACAAAGAACACCAUUAUCGGUGGAGCUGCUACAACAGCCAAAGGACUUCGCCUUGCAGCAGAGGCCACCGCCUUGCUUGGCCUCGCUGACACCGCCAGCUUUGCCGUCAAGCACUUUGAGGACUGGGCCGCCAGAGACUUUUCAACGGAGCUUGCCACGGAGACAAUGUGCGCCCUCUUCAAGCCCAUUGCGAACACCGUGACUACAGGCGUGGAAGCUCUCGACCAUGCGAAGGAGACGUUCUGGCAGUUAAAUUGGGUCCGCGUCGAAGAGCCGCCCGCGGGUAGCAGCAUCCGCACCAACGAUGGCAAACGCAUCUGGUUCCCAGUGACGGUCCGCGACUGCACGGGCACGCUCACGCUGUACAUCCAGGAGGCGGCCGCUCUCAAACUCAGCGGCUUCGAUGACGCAGACAACUUCGAAGCAGCUUUCGUUGCUGGCAGGGUGUGGUUCCCGCAAAUGGCUUCAGUGAAAAUCAUCCGACAACUCAAGACCGCGACUGCUGCACAGGACAGCGCCGAGCACCCGUCCGUCCAAGUCGACGUUCGCAUCGUCGACGCAGACUGCCAAAACUUAGCAGAGUCGCCCACUGAAGCAUCGGCUCGUCUGCUUCCCCUGCUGAAUACCGAGAACACCACAUCUGACGUCGUGAUGCCCGCAGCUCUGCACAUGCUCCGGAAGUCUCCGCAUUACACGCUCGCAGCGGAGAGCAUCGUGCCAGACAUCCCGGAGAGCUUGAAAGCCAGUUUUGCGAACGUGCCCGCAGCCACCACGAUUUUUCGCCCUUGUUCACAGGUGCUUGCUCUCGUGGAGGCAUCGCAGCCAUCGAGCCUUCAAGAAGCGGGGACCGGCGGCUACAAGAUCACCACAAACAAUAUUAAGGACCUGCUGCAUGACGCGAACGAUGCCCGCGGCGUCCAGCUAACCUCCUUCUGCACCUUGAACAAUUUACAAGACUUCAAGCUGGAUCCGCCCCGCACGCAGGCGAACAAGAAACAGGCAGCCUUAGUGCUGAUAUCGUCGGUACUUCAAGCGGGCAGCGCUGAACAGCCUGCAUCCUUCAUGGUGGACUCCGUGCAGCUGUUGCAGCCGACGGAGGUCGACGCAGUGAAGGGCUGCCUCAGACGAAUGCUAUUCCUCACCACGCUCGCCGGGCACAUGUCCUCCAGGAAGCGGGCCGCGUCCGAGCACACGACGAACCAGGAGAGCCCCACGACGGCUGCAAAGUGUCGCGUACUGGGGCGCCAUCCCACUGCGGCACCAGUGCCUGAGUUCCCUUGAUGCGCCGCUCAGGGUCCUCAUCACAAUGCUGAACAGCUUGUGAUCAGCAGCGCUGCACAGCGUGCUGCACGAACCAGCCCUCGCGCACGAAGCCGAUCAGCGAGGCGUUGAUCCCUGUGCAGUGUUGCACAACCUGCACCACUCACACAACACCGGGCAGUGCUGAACGCUUGCGCACGCUUCCUAGGAGCAGGGGAGCGGCCGUUUGCUCGCAGCAAAGCGGAUCCGCGGCCACAUCCCACUACUUAACCUGGAA